AUGGGUCAUCCUGAGACUACCUCCCUAAACUUAGUGGGUGUAUAUAAUAAAUUCAAUGGAUGUGCAAACGGUGACGAUGUCUUGUUGUUAGAGUAUUGCGAGGCAUACUCAGAAGUUGCUAAACUUCUUGUGUACUUUGGAAAUCUUUUUUACUUUGUAAGUAGUGAUGUAAACCACAAAAUAUCUGACAUUCGUGCAUUACAUGUGGCUGAUAAGAAGAACUACGGUUCAGUUAAACAAAUGGUUGACUAUGAGAAGAAACAUCACGAUCCUAUAAAAAAGAAAAAAUGUUAUGGUUGUCGCACGCUUCUCCGGCUACACCGAGCCCUCCUCUUUGUGAUUGAGUUGAUGCAGGAAGUGUGUACAGCUCCACCUGAUGAACAGUUGAGGAAUAUCGCUAGGUCGGUAUACGAAAAAACUCUAGCUCAAUAUCAUGCCUGGGCUGUUAGAAAGGCUGUUAGUGUGGCUGUAUACGCUCUGCCUACAAGGGAGCAAUUAGUUCAGCACAUUGUUCAAUCUCAACCCCGUGAAAGUGGAUUAUUUACACGUGAACAAUGCCAAGAAUUUUUAAACACGCAUACUUUACCUAUUAUGCGAACAGUAUAUAAUUGUGUUCAAAUUAUCCUUGAAAAACACAAUAUGCUAAAUUUACCAUGAUCUCUUUUAUAAAUUAAAUGUAUCUUAUUUUAUCUAUUGAUAUAUUUUCAAGACUGAAAAUAUCGGAAUAAAACUGUCUGUC